GGGUCAGUCCAGGUCAACAACAAAAACAUACAAUCCGCCAACCGGCGUUUUUGCAAGAAUUCAAUCGUCCGAUCCGAUUUGUUAGGUGUAGGCCCUAUUUCUGGUUGAUGUAGUUCAGAGAAAAUACACGUAUUUUAAAUGGCAAGCCAAAAGGUUCUUAUUUAUGGUGGAAAAGGAGCACUUGGAUCCGUUCUUGUAAAUUAUUUCAAGUCUAAAAAUUGGUGGGUUGCAUCUUUGGAUUUGGUACAGAAUGAGGAAGCACAUGCGAAUAUCACCAUAAAAAAUGUAGCAUCAUGGACAGAACAAGAACAAGAAAUAAUAACUGCAGUUGAAGAGACAUUGAAAGGAGAAAAACUUGACGCAAUCUUGUGUGUGGCAGGAGGAUGGGCUGGAGGGAAUGCUGCCUCCAAAGACUUAGUAAAGAACUGUGAUUUGAUGUGGAAACAGAGUGUGUGGUCUUCAGUUCUUGCUGCUGAAAUCGCAUCCAAACACCUCAAAGAUGGUGGUCUGUUGCAGCUCACAGGAGCUCAACCUGCCCUCAACGGAACUGCUGGUAUGUUAGGUUAUGGUAUGGCUAAGGCUGCAGUACACCAGUUUGUGAAGGGCCUGGGCUCAGCAAACAGUGGGCUACCAGCAAAAUCAACGGCCCUUGCAAUCCUGCCGGUUACUCUUGACACCCCAAAUAAUCGUAAGUGGAUGGCAAACGCAGACUUUACAUCAUGGACAACCUUGGAGUACGUGGCCGACUUGCUGCAUCAGUGGUCAACAGGGCAGAACCGUCCUGACAGUGGUAGUCUUGUUCAGCUUGUCACAAAGGACAGCAAAACUGAACAAAUCAUAUGCUAAGCGGACAGCGAUCAUUGCAUACAAGAAAGAUCUUCGCCAAACUGAAAUUCAGGGACAUUCAUGCAAAUAAUUUAUUUCUUUGCCAAUUAUCUUCCCUUCUUUGUAUUUCACUUUAAAAAGUGUACUUUUUUAGUUUUAAUGUACGUAGAUUUGAUCAAGCCAAAAUUAUUUGUUUUAGCCUUUCAUUAAAUAUUGUAACAAGCACAAACUUAUAUAAUUUUUACUUUGUAGAUUUUUAAAGUUACAUCAUUCAGGUCAAUCAUGACUGUGUUUACUCCAUUACCAUUCCCAUGGAAUCAGAUAAUAUCCGUAUGAUGACCUUAUGUAAUGUUGCUAUGGGAACAGUUUAUUUAGAUGUUAGUUGCUUGAGUAGUUUUCAUUUAUAGCGUUUAAAUUAGACUCAGUUAUUAUUAGGUAGGUGGCAGGGCUUCAUCAAUACAACUUAACUUUAAUGACUACUAACUAAUAAUGAUUUCAGUUUUAUUUUGACUGAUUAUAUUUACUAUUCUUGGGACAGAAUUUGGGAUUCUGAUGCAUUUUGUUUACUGUUAUUUGUUCUUGAAAAAUAAACCCUGACAGAAACCAAAUA